UGAAGCUGAAAAGGCCUGAAACGUCGUCGCUUCAGAGGCAUCCCGCCCGCGUUCUCCUUCCCAAAUGCCAACUUCUACCGCGGUUAAUCCCACGCCGCUCGCGACUUUCACCUCGCCGCGCCUCACCGCCUCAGCGCCGCCAACCCAUAUCGAUUCACUCUAAACAGAACUUGCAAUCUCAUUUGAUGUUUGGACUCUGUGGUAGCUCUUGUGCUCUCUAGUUCCCAAAAUCGUGAAGAAGGUUUGAUUCUGAGAAAUGGGUGGCAACAAGAAGAGGAAGAGGAGAGAGCAAGAGCGACCCACCAUUCACCCCAACAACAAGUACUCAGAGAAUCCACCAGACUUCGCACUUCUAGCUUCACUCUACCCAACCUUCCAACCUUUCGUGCAUUAUUCGCGUGAUGGCCACCCCAGAAUCGAUUGGACAGACUUCAAUGCCACCCGUGAACUCACCCGUGUUUUGCUCCACCAUGACCAUGCUCUCAACUGGUGGAUUCCUGAUGGGCAGCUCUGUCCUACUGUACCCAACAGGUCUAACUACAUUCAUUGGAUUGAAGAUCUUCUCUCAUCUGAUAUCAUUCCAAAUACCAUUUCAUUUGGAGGGAAGGUGAGGGGUUUUGAUAUAGGAACUGGAGCUAAUUGUAUAUACCCUCUUCUUGGUGCAUCUCUUCUUGGAUGGAGUUUUGUGGGAUCAGAUGUGACUGAUGUUGCAAUUGAGUGGGCGAGGAGAAACGUUGAUAGUAAUCCACAUAUUUCUGAGUUGAUUGAAAUUAGGAAGGUUGAAAGCAAUGCAAGUACUCCCUGUGUGGAAGGGUUGCAUGAUGAAGAGUCAGUCCGUAGUGACAAGAUAAAUUUAUAUACGAGUGUUGAUACAGAGGUAGAGCCUUUGCCUUCAUUACCUCAUGAUUUGCAUAUCUGCGAGAAUAGGAAUUAUCAUGGACCUCCCAUACUUCUUGGUGUAGUUAGGGAUGAUGAGAAGUUUGAUUUCUGCAUGUGCAAUCCACCGUUUUUUGAAAGCUUGGAGGAAGCUGGACUUAAUCCUAAAACUUCUUGUGGUGGAACUUCUGAAGAAAUGGUCUGCCCUGGUGGUGAGAAGGCCUUCAUUACUCGUAUUAUCGAUGAUAGUGCCGAACUGAAGAAUCAUUUUCGGUGGUUCACUUCAAUGGCAGGUAGAAAAUCAAGUCUCAAAGAUCUUAUAUCAAAACUUUGGAAAGUUGGAGUCACCAUAGUGAAGACAACUGAAUUUGUUCAAGGCAGGACAUCCCGAUGGGGGCUUGCUUGGUCUUUCUUGACUCCAGUACAGAAGCCAUCAAUAUCUAUGCCUAACAAGAAUAACAUGUCCUUCACGCUUGAGGGUCUUCAACGCCAACACAGUGCCAUUAAUGUGUUGGAAGCUGUUAAGUCUUACUUCUCUUUGCACGGCCUAUCCUGUACGGUGAACACCUCCUCUUUCACGGUGGAAGUCGUGGCAUCAAAAGAUGACUGUGAUUCAAUCUGCAAGAGUGAUCUACCCGUUAUCAAUAACCCCCAAGAUUUUCAACCUACAAAAGAGACAUCUAAUGGAUCAAGAUUAUGCCUUCGUAUAUCUGUUUUUCAGCAAAUCCCCGGGACGCUGUUGGUGAAAGGUUCAUUACAAGAUAGGAAUAGCCCAUUAUCAGGAUCAUUCUCUGCGAUUUUCCAAAAACUUGAGGAAGCUUUGCGCAAUAAAUCAGUCUAGGAUUUGAUUAUUUGGUUUUACCAUUUGAGAAGUUCGUGAAUGCUACUCGGGUCAUGAUUUCCAGAUGGUGUGUAAACAAGGAAGUAGACGAUCAAAGUUUUUCUGGAGGCACUCUUGGUCCUUUGAGAAAUUUUGGUUUAUAAUCUUGUUAUUGUAUACCUAACUUGUAACAAUCAUUCAGUUGAUUUAGGAAUUGUACUUAAUGGGAUCCGUAUUUAAAAAUGUCAAAACAAUUUCUCCUUUUGUACUGACUCAAAGCACAUGAUCCUAACACAAGGUAUAUCCUCACCAAUUUUAUCAUGUUUGGAUUUUUUCUCAGAA